GUAGACAUUACUAAGUGCGAAUUCGACGUUAAGAGAGUCGAAUACUUAGGACUUGUCGUUACUACGGAGGGAACUCGUAUAGAUCCGAAGAAACGCUUUAUCUACGGCUUCUCUACUAUUACCUCUCCGCUUACUACUCUUACGAAGAAAGGAGUAGAGUUUAAGAUAGAUAGUAAGGCCCGGCAAGCC